ACGUACAGGUGACCAACAUUCCUCUUAGCAGUGAAACUUAUAUUGAUCGCAAUGAGUCUUCUAACAAAUUUCCAUUUUAUUAUGGCUGUAGUUUAUGGAUACAGUUCAUAUUUUUAUGUAUAUGGAGUUGUUCAACCUGCAGAAAUAACUGCUGCCCAAAAAUCUACGUACGGUGCAAUAAAGUAUUUGACUUACUGGGAUUUGUUGGUGCAGUGUGCCUUCUUCACCUUGUGUUUCCUGAGCAAUGUCUUCUCAUCAGCUCAACAGAACAAGCGCAAGACUGCACCUGAAAAGAUCCUGGACUUCCUCUUCUCAUCAAUAGUCUUCCCUUUGGCUCUGUUUACAGACACAACCUUCUGGGGAUUGUAUUUCACCGACAGAGAACUCGUCUUCCCCAAAGUUUAUGAUGACUUCUACCCUUCAUGGCUGAAUCACGUUGUGCAUUCCCUGCCUCUGGCAGCAGCAUUGCUGGAGAUGCUCUGUGUUCAGAGAUCAUUUCCUUCUUAUAAGAAAGGCUUUUUGUGCAACAGUCUCUUCCUUGCGAUCUAUCUUUCAUGGGUGCUAUUCAUUGCACACACGACGGGCGACUGGGUCUACCCCGUACUAGCCAAGCUACCCACCCCCCAACGAAGCUUGUUCAUCUUUGGCUUGUUUGUACUCAUGUGGUUGUGUUACUCAGUAUGCCGCAUCCUCUACUCGUUCAAAUGGAGGCAACCCGCGCGUUCUGAGAAGAAAGUCCACCAGAAGAAGAAUAAAUGAAGGCUUUGCUCUUAGCUUGAAAUCCAUGCACCAGCAGCUGACGGCCGAAGGGCUCCUCUGAUGUUCCAAAUAAUACUCUAUAUCAACCAGUGUUAUUGAUCUAUGUAAAAUUUCUGUCCUGUUGCUUGCCACUAGAUUCCCAUGACGCCAAUUCUUGAGUUAUUCUGGUAGAAAAUACCCUAUAGGCCAUAGCGUAUCAUUCCAUUGUUUAAUUAUUGUCAUGAAAUUAAUGUGUUAUUCGAUAAAUGGCGGAAUAUAUUUUUCAUCUAAAACUUUUAUAGUUUACCAUUUUGACGGUAUUAGGAGAACUGAGCGCCUUCCGUGUCAUAUGACGACCAAUCGGUCUUUGAUUGUUGUGCUCAUUUGCACACCCAUUAGUGUGUGUUUAUGGGUGUAUUAUUUAUGUAAUCCGGUAUGAUGCUAUAAUCUCAUACGACGCAUUAACGUUGGGUUUCUUGUUGUUAAUGAUUUGAUUAUUAAAAUUAUGUUCAUUGUUAAGUUAAGAGCCUUUGUGGUGCCAUUCUAUACCACUGUGAUUUUUCAAAUGUACUUAACAGCGUUAUUCUCUUGUCAUUCUUAGUCUUGCUUGGUAUUGCUUUUACUUUUCAUUUCUUGCAUCAGGAUUUUGCUUACAGUUUCAAUUAAUAUCUAGACAAAUUUCAAGUAGAACGAGUUCACAUUUUUCCAUGUGCCACAAAAUAUCUUUCAGUAAAUGUGUAUGAUGCGCUCACGAUUUCAUACAAGGCAAACUGGCUUUAGAGUAGCGCUCCCCAAUUCGAGAAGCGUCGUGCCCAAUCUCAAUGUUUUUUUCGUGGUCCACCUGGCGGUACAAUUUGACAAAACCAUUUGAAGUUCAUCUGUGCGCCCCAUACAAUUCGGGUAGCACUGUCUUGCUAUUAUCAGCUCAUUCUUAAGUUAUCACUUUACUUCGAUUUUUUAAGGUUCUUCUGUUUUAGUGCAAUGCUCAACUGGCGACUUGAUAUGUUGCUAAGUGUACCUGAUUGCAUUCGUUACUUUUAAUGCACUAGCGUCCUAAGUGUAAGGGUAAUAUUUAUUGUCAGAAUCGUAUCGUGCUUGAAUUGCAGACUUUUAUUGUUGGUGUGGUGAAACGGAAUUUUUUUAAUUAAAUAAAAUUACAUAAAUAUAUUGUUACCUUUGAA